AUGACUUCUGUUCUCGCUGUUGGAGCCGGCGCUGCCGUCGCAGCUUUCCUGGGCCGAGCCGGACUGGUCGCAUGGCGCCGAUCUCGCGGCGGAGUGGGCGCGAUGGGCAAGGCUUUCUACAAGGGCGGUUUUGAGCCCAAGAUGAACAAGCGCGAGGCGUGCCUCAUCCUCUCCAUGUCUGAGAGCGGCGUCACCCGCGACAAGAUCCGCAAGCAGCACCGAACGCUCAUGCUCCUCAACCACCCCGAUCGCGGCGGAAGCCCGUACCUGGCCACCAAGGUCAACGAGGCGAAGGAGCUGCUCGAGAAAACCACAUCCUGA